CCAUUUCGGCGGGGGCGGGAGCGGCGCCGGCGCCAUUUUGUCGCGGGAGGCUGAGGGAGAAGCGGCGGCGACGGCGGGAGCGGGCGGAGCUCAGCGCCAGCCCCGGCCCCGCGCCGGCCCCACACCGGCCCCGCACUCACCCGCCCGCCCGCCGGAGCCACCGGAGACCUGGCGACCGUGUGUUUCGAUUCUCUGAAGAUGGCUGCACAGUCAGCACCGAAGGUCGUGCUAAAGAGCACCACCAAGAUGUCUCUGAACGAGCGCUUCACUAACAUGCUGAAGAACAAACAGCCGAUGCCGGUGAAUAUCCGGGCCACCAUGCAGCAGCAGCAGCUGGCCAGCGCUCGAAACAGACGUCUGGCCCAGCAGAUGGAGAACAGACCGUCUGUGCAGGCCGCUCUGAAGCUCAAACAGAAGAGCUUGAAGCAACGCCUCGGGAAGAGCAACAUCCAGGCACGGCUGGGCCGGCCGGCAGGGACGCUGGCCCGCGGAGCCCUGGGGGGCCGGGGGCUGGCCUUGGGCCAGCGGGGGAUGCCCCGGGGGGCCCUGCGGGGCCGCGGCGCCCGGGCCAUGAUCCGAGGAGGGGUUGCGCUCCGAGGUCAGUCCACCGCCAUCCCCGCUCCAUCCCCUUGCACGCCGUUCCGCGGGCUGAAAUCCCGCUUUUCUGGCUUCUCCACUGAAGGUCAAGGCCUGCUGCGCGGCGGGAGAGGGAUCGCCCCCCGGAUGGGCCUGCGGAGAGGCGGGAUCAGGGGCCGCGGUGGCCCGGGAAGAGGCGGCCUGGGCCGGGGCGCCAUGGGCCGGGGAGGGAUCGGUGGCAGAGGGCGCGGCAUGGCCGGGCGAGGCCGGGGCGGCUUCGGCGGGCGUGGCAGAGGCCGGGGCCGCGGCAGAGGCUCGGCACGCCCCGCUCUCACCAAGGAGCAGCUGGACAACCAGCUGGACGCCUACAUGUCCAAGACCAAGGGACACCUGGACGCCGAGCUGGACGCGUACAUGGCACAGACGGAUCCCGAGGCCACCGACUGAGGGGCCGGGACUGCCGGGGGAGGGGGGCUCGUUCCGUCGGGAGCUGCGGGGGGAAUCCCCGAUGGAGAAUUCAGAUUUAGUGUGUUCUUCGAUGUUUUGAUACUCUCUGUUGUAUUAAACUUUUUUUGGAUUGUU